AUGGAGAAGGAUCCCUCCUCCACGUACAGGAGACACCGCCCUGUCCUCGGAAUCCCGCCUUUGGGAAUGGCAUCCGGGCAUCUCAAAGCGGCCAGCGAAGUGACCGAGCUUCAGAGGAGCCGGAGCAUGGGCGGCUUACACCAGAAGGGGGACCCUCCGAGCCGCCUCAAGAAGUUGAGGGCCGAGUUAGAGUCUGAAGAUCAGGGGAAAGACUCCAGAAGUGAAGUCGAAGACGUUAGCUGUCAGACCAACCUAGAAGUCAAGAAGGAAAAGAGUCAGGAAGCACCUGGGACGUUGGUCCGCGAUGGUGAGAUAGUGGGACCCGAGACUGGAAAGAGUGACUCCAAGGUCAGCAUCAAGGAGGAAGAGGAGGAUGCUGACAAACACCUCCAAGAGGCCAAGGUCAGGCGAUAUUUGUUUGGUAUCUAA